CGGACCCGGAAGCCGGCGAAAACGCGGAGGCGAGGGGGCGCAAUGGCGCCUCCUCAGCAGGCGCGGGUCCUUCAAUGCUGCUGCUGCAGGCUUUUCCAGGCUCACCAGGUGAAAAAGAGUCUCAAAUGGACAUGCAAAGCUUGUGGAAAGAAGCAGUCGUUUUUGCAGGCUUACGGUGAGGGCUCUGGUGCUGACUGUAGACGCCACGUCCAAAAAUUAAACCUGCUGCAGGGACAGAUUUCAGAGCUGUCACUCAGGUCUCUGGGAGAAUCCAUAAGUGCCAAUGAGGAAGAAAACGUGGAUCCUUGGCAGGCUGCUCGUGCAAGUCCACAGGAAAAACUCCAGCCCUCAAAGAACCGCUGGCUGAAGUAUCUGGAAAGGGACUCCAAAGAACUGGGGCUGAAAGAAGGAGGAGUGUGUUUCAACAGACAGCCUUCAUCCGAGAGAGAAGAGCCAGACCCUCUGUCCAGCACAGGCCUGCCUCGGAAAAGGAAGUGGAACCAGAGCACAGUUGAGCCUCCAUCAGUUGGCCCUGAUGUCCAGGACUCCAGAAGCUGUGAGGUCACCUUGAAGUCCUUGAAGGACCAUUCUCUUCAUUCUACAUGGAGUGCCAGGUCUUCGCCAGACUGUUCAACUUGGGACCUGCCAUGGAUUUCUGAGGAACUGUCACCUUCAUUUACCCAGGACCAUGCUGGCCUGGCAGGGAAGGGCAGAGGGAGUCGUGAGGACCGGGACACCGUGGAGCUUGUUCCCCAGGGGGAACCACCGUGCCCUGCCCAGUGGGAACAAUGUCUUAUGCCACCUGGAAACAGCUCACAUUUGGACACAGAGCCCCUUACCCCUCUCCAGAGAGGCCUCCGGCCAAUCCAGGCAGCACAGGCUGAGCAGGGGACCCCCAGGGCCCAGAUUCCCAGGGAAGAAGGCCUCUGCAGGAUCCCCGGGGCACUCCAGUCUCCUCAGACCACGCACACUCCCACACCUGGGCCCAAGAGGCUUUGUGGGAGGACCCCUGAGCAGUCCCAGGGUGCGGGCCCCUGGGCAGAGGGCGCGCCCCCGGUCAAAGGGGUGCAGGCACGUCCGUCACUCAUGCGUCUACAUGACCUCUUUAAAACUGGAGAAGACUUCGAUGACGAUCUGUAAGCUGAAACUAGUAUGUUACUCUUGUAGACAUAUUUGUUACAUGAACCCUUCACUUCACAGUGACCUCUGUCACUGAAAACAGGGUUCCCCAAGUUGCUUUCAAAUAGUAGGACUAAGGAUGACUUAUAGGAACUACAAGAAGCGACAAUAAAUAUGACCAUCAAACAGAUUACCUCUUGUACCAUCUUUGAUUAAAGUGCUUAUAAUUUUAAUUAAAAUUGUUUACAAAUAUAACAGAAUGG